AACAUAACCUUUUCCUUCAGAGGGAAAAACGAGUUCCCGGUGAAAAAUUGAAGAGAGAGCAAAGAAAUUGCGGAAUAAAAUCAUUGAUAAGGUGUCUGGGGUAAUUAGCAAUGGUUUUUCAAUCAGUGACACUUUUUGCGAGAUGCAGGGGACCCGAUCAGUUCUGGAGGAAAAGGAAAAUCUUUAAAAUUGCAGCUCACUUCAGAAAUCGUGGAAGGAACUGUUACUCUAUCACAAUCAGAAGAUUCCAGCGUUCCAUGAUGUUCUCCUCCAGAGGAAGAAAAAUAAAGCGAAUGCAAUUGAACGAUUUAUGGGCGAAGAGACUCGACGGAGCCUGUCAAGAGCAUGGAAUUGAUUUUAAAAUUCUGAAGGAAGGUUUGGCACGGAGUGAGAUAUUUCUGAAUAGAAAAGUUCUCGUGGAUCUGGCAAUCUGGGAGCCCCGGACCUUCAAAUCCCUCACUGAAAUUGCCUGGGCUAGAGCAAAACUCGAUGGAUUGAACAUAGUCAGAGACCUCGAGCUCCCCCCAGGAGUAAUCACUCGAGGAAUGAUAAAGUAAUCACUUAAUUAAGAGCACACAACCAACAGUCAUUAAUAAAAAAGUUAAUAAAACGUUUGCAAAACACAAAAAAUA